GGGAGUGUCUGAGCGGCGCAAUAUUGUAGCAGGCGUGAGAUCAGCACUCGCUACUGUGAAGCCAUGGGCGUUCAAACUGGACAAUGACUUGGACUGACAAGAAGAAUAUGAUGUCAAAUGGACUAGACUGAAAUUCGCCACCGGCUAAGCAGAGUGUCGAAGAAAUGUCCAAUCGAAUCUUUCCCGGCGUUUUGGAUAUAGACGGAAUCCCCGCUCUGGGAUAACGGUGCCGGGUAUUAGUGAUUUGUAAUAAGGUAGUUUGUUGUGGCCUACCCUGUUGGAAGACUGCUAUUCUUUCCCCGUUAUGUUGUAGGCAUUGUGUGUAUUUAUUAUUUCCAAGGUGCUGAAUUUAUCAUCAAUGUUGCAGGCCUAGUAUAGUGUGUUUAAUGUUGGCUGCCAAUUCACGCCUUUUCUAGUUUUGAUAAAUUUUGUGUAGUUUCAUGUUUUUCAGUGAUAUACUUGACUUGCAUCUUAUAGAUCAUUGUGAUUUUUAUAAAGUGCCAAUAACCAUGUUGAUCAGAUAGUGAUUAUGACUAUUGAGGUAGCAAAAAUUCCCUUUAAUCUCUGAUUUUGGAAGCGUUUGUUAAUGUUUUUGAAGUUGAACUCAUCUGACAAUUUAAGUGGACAAUUGUAACAACAUAUGGAACAUAUUUUCAAGUCAGUGUGCCAUUUUGUUCAUGAGAGGCACAGUAUUUGAAUAGCUAAUAGCCUGCAGUUUUGCAAAGUCCUACAUAUCCAGUGGGUCAUGAAUUGCUCAUGUUUCUCACCUGCUGUGGGAGUGUUACUUGCUGAGAAACUGCAAUCAGAUUGACAGUUAUAGGGCGAGGCUGUAAGCCAUUUGUGCCAGCCAGGUUCCAGGACUUGGGCCCGUUGUGUGGCGGGAUGCUGAGGACCACAGUGGGGUGUGUGGGGGUGGAGGAGAGAGAUGAGGAGCAGGAGGAUGAAGGGGAAGAGGACUUGCGGGAUGGAGGGGUGCCCUUCUUUGUGAACAGGGGAGGCCUACCGGUGGAUGAGGAGACUUGGGAGCAGAUGUGGAGGCAUGUGGCCCGGAUUCACCCUGAUGGUGAGGCCAUAGGGAAACGCAUCCGGGGAGCCAGUGAUCUGCCCAAGAUUCCAACACUGAGUGUGCCUACAUACCAGCCGACCACCAGUAUCCCACAGCGCCUAGAAGCCAUACAGAAAUAUAUCAGGGAUUUGCAGUACAAUCACACAGGAACACAGUUUUUUGAAAUCAAGAAGAGCAGGCCUCUUACUGCGUUGAUGGACAUCGCCAAGGAGAUGAUCCGGGAGUCACUACCAAUCAAGUGUCUGGAGGCAGUGAUCCUUGGAAUUUACCUCAGCAACAGCAUGCCGGGUGUGGAGCGCUUCCCCCUCAGCUUUAAGACGCAGUUCUCAGGGAACCACUUUUGCCACAUCGUGCUGGGGAUGCACAGCGGUGGCCGCUUCGGAGCACUGGGCAUCAGCCGGCGGGAGGACCUCAUGUUCAAACCCCUGGAGUUCCGCACGCUGGCUGACCUGGUGCAGGAGUUUGAGGGGGCCUACAGGGGCUACUGGCACACCUUGAGGAAGGUGAAGAUUGGUCAGUAUGUGUCCCAUGACCCCCACAGUGUGGAACAGAUAGACUGGAAACACUCCAUAAUAGACGUGGACAAACUGACCAAGGAGGAGCUGCGGAGAGAGUUGGAGAGACACACCCGGGACAUGAGGCUGAAGAUUGGAAAGGCUGCGCCCCCUUCACCCACCAAAGACAGGAAGAGUAGCAUGGGCUCGCCCCUCCGUAACCCAGGCAGCCCCAUGCGCAGGAACAGCCGCAUCGAGAGACGUCCAUCUGGAGAGAAGAAAGUUCUUGAUCCGAAGCCGCCACCAGACAUGAAUGGAUAUCAGAUUCGAGUGUGAGGAGGAUUUCACUUCAUAAAAUCAUUCUGCAAAACAAGAUCUUAGAAUGGUGGGGUUCUGUCUGACAAAAGGUUUGUUCUGGGGAAUGGGGCUUUUGUGUUCAGUUUUCCAAAUAGGUUUGUACCGUGUAAGCAAUUUAUUUGGGGUAUUUUGCAUUCAACAAACAUGAGGUAUACUGUACAGAGCAUGGCCAUGUCUAUAACUGAUUAUUGACUAAAUGUACAGUACUAGUCAAAAGUUUGGACACCUACUCAUUCUAGGGGUUUUCUUUAUUUUUAUUAUUUUCUACAUUGUAGAAUAAUAGUGAAGACAUCAAAACUAUGAAAUA